AUGAUAACCCAAAGCCAAUACGGUAGUGAUGUUGGUGUUGAUAUUGUUGAUGAUGAUGAUGAUGAACAAAUUAAUGUUGAUUAUACAACAAAAACAAGUCAUAUACAAGAAUUAAUAAAAUCAUCAUUGUCUUAUGAAGUACCAUCACAAAUAUCAACACAAGAACGUCUUAAAUUAUCAAAUUGGGGCUUGCCAUUAACUGUACUAAGAAAAUAUGAGGAACGUGGUGUAACAUCAAUGUUCCCAUGGCAAGUUGAAUGUUUAUCAAAUUCAAAUAUUAUUGAUAGAGCUAAAAAUCUUGUUUAUUCAGCACCAACAUCAGCUGGUAAAACACUUGUAUCAGAAAUAUUAAUAAUUAAAACAGUUCUUGAACGUCGUAAAAAAGUAAUAUUUAUAUUACCAUUUGUAUCAGUUGUACGUGAAAAAAUGUAUUAUUUUAAAGAUUUAUUAUCAGAUGCUGAGGUUAAAGUUGAAGGUUUUAUGGGUGGUAUACAACCACCAGGUGGUUUUAAUGCAACAGAUGUUGCUAUUGCAACAAUUGAAAAAGCAAAUUCAUUGAUAAAUCAAAUGAUGGAAGAAGGUGGCCUUGAAAAUCUUGGUGCUGUUGUUAUUGAUGAAUUACAUUUACUUAGUGAUCCAUAUCGUGGUUAUUUACUUGAAUUAUUAUUAACAAAGCUAAAAUACAUGACAUUAAAAGAAGAAAAUAUAAAUAUACAAUUAAUUGGAAUGUCAGCAACAUUACCAAAUUUAGAUUUACUUGCAAAAUGGCUUGAUGCUGAAUUAUAUAAAACAGAUUUUCGUCCAAUACCAUUAAAAGAGUAUUGUAAAAUUGGCACAACAAUAUAUGAUGAUAAAUUAAAUUCCCAUAGAGUAAUAAAACCAUUACAAGAAUUAAAUAAUGAUAAUGACAGUGAUAAUAUAAUACAAUUAUGUCUUGAAACAAUACUUGAAGGACACAGUGUAUUAAUAUUUUGUCCAACUAAAAAUUGGACAGAAAGUCUUGCACAACAAUUAUCAUCAGUAAUAAGUCAACUUGGUAGACAAAAUAAUGAAUUAGGUAUUGCAUUACGUAAACAAUUAAAUACUGAAACAAUAAUGGAAACAUUAGAACAACUUAAACGUUCACCAGUUGGUCUUGAUUCAGUAUUAAAUAAAACAGUAUCAUUUGGUGUUGCAUUUCAUCAUGCUGGUUUAACAAUGGAUGAACGUGAUAUUGUUGAAGGUGCAUUUCGUUCUGGUUCAUUAAAAAUAUUAACAGCAACAUCAACUCUAAGUAGUGGUGUUAAUUUACCAGCAAGAAGAGUUUUAAUAAGAACAAUAAUGUAUCAUGGUAAACCAAUUGAUACAUUAACAUAUAAACAAAUGAUUGGUCGUGCUGGUAGAAUGGGAAAAGAUAGUGCUGGUGAAAGUAUUAUUAUAUGUAAACAAAAUGAACGUAUAUUUUUAAAAAAAUUAUUACAAUCAAAUCUUGAACCAAUUAAAUCAUGUUUAAAUAGUACUGGACCAUUAAUAAGAGCUUUACUUGAAGCUGUUGCUAGUGAAGUUGCAUAUACAAUUGAUGAUAUUAAUUUAUAUAUGAAAUGUACAUUAUUAUAUUUAACAAAUAAUCAAGAAAUUAAUAAUUUGACUAUUGAUGCUGUUGAUUUUUUAGUUAAAAAUGAAUUUUUUUUAAAUCAAAAAUCAAUAAAUGGUAAUGAUGAAAGAUGGAUUGCAACACAACUUGGUAAAGCAAGUUUAGCUGCAUCAGUACCACCAAAAGAUGCAUUAUUUUUAUUUGAAGAAUUAUUAAAAGCAAGAAGAACAUUUGUACUUGAUACUGAAUUACAUAUUAUUUAUACUGUAACACCAAUUAAUUCAUCAAAUAAUAUUGGUGAUAUUAAUUGGUUAAAUUUUUUUGAUUUAUGGAAAUCAAUGUCUGAUAGUGAUAAAAGAGUUGGACAGCAUGUUGGUGUUAGUGAAAAAUUUAUAGCAAAUGGUAUUAGUGGUACAAUUAAAAAUAGUAAAUUACUUGAUAUACAUAAACGUUUUUAUACAUCAUUAAUAUUAAAUGAUCUUGUUAAAGAAAUACCAUUAUCAAUUGUUUGUAAAAAAUAUUCAUGUUGUCGUGGUGUUGUACAAAGUCUUCAACAAUCAGCAGCAACAUUUGCUGGUAUGGUUACACAAUUUUGUAAAAAACUUGGAUGGGAUUGUGUUGAAUUAUUGGUUAAUCAAUUUCAACAACGUUUACAAUUUGGUGUAUCACGUGAAUUAUUAGAUUUAUUAAGACUACCAAUGUUAAAUGGUAUUAGAGCAAGAAGUUUAUUUAAAGAAGGUAUUAAAAGUGUUGCUGAAUUAGCUGUUGCUGAUGAUAUGGAUGUUGAAAGAGCAUUAUAUAAAGCAUUACCAUUUGAAAGUGAAAAAGAUUAUAAUAAUGAACAUGAAUAUGAUUUAGUUAAACGUAAUAAAAUGAGAAGUGUUUUUGUAACUGGUAAAGAUGGUUUAACACCAAGAGAAGCAGCAGUUAUGCUUGUUAAAGAAGCAAGAGAACUUGUUAAAAAUGAAUUAGGUGUUGAUGAAGUUGAUUGGAAUAAAAAAAAUAAAAAUCAUUUGACUGGUCAAACUUGUACAAAUCAUUUACAAAUAUCAACUAAAAAUACAGAUAUAUUGAGACAAGAUUCUUCAACAAGUUAUUCAUCAACUGUAUCAAUAAACAGUGGUUCUUCAAAGAUAUCAAUUGAAGAUGACGAUGAUGAUAAAAAUGUACAACAAUCUCUCAGUUUAAUUGAAGAGGAUGAAGAGAAUGACCAUAAUAUUGUUGAUGAUGAUGAUGAAGAUGAUGAACAAAAAGCUGAUAAAAUUGAAGAAAAUAUUCCAGAAAUAGUUGAAAAACAAUCUAGUAUAGAAAGUUUUGGUGAAAGUUUAAAAUUUGAUUCAAGAAUGGAAAACUUAUCAACACCAAAAUCAAUUUUACUUAAAGAAACAUUUAAUUCAAUAUCAGAUUCACGUAGUCCAAGUCUUUUUGGUGAUAGUUUAAUUUUAGAUACACAAGAUUGUAAUAUGCUUGAUGAAAAUAUUCUUGAACAUAAUGUUCUUGAUGAAAAUAUCAUUGAUCCAAAUUUACUUGACAUAAAUGUAGCUGAUUUUGAAGAAAAUGAAUUUUCAUGUUUACAAUCAUCAUCAAAUAAUAAUAAUAAUAAACAAGAUAAAGAAAAAGAUGUAAUUAAUUUUGUAAAGCCAACAACUCCAAAUGUUCAAUUAAAAAAUUUAGAUGAAAAAGAUAAAAGUAAAUCAUUAUAUUGGGCUGAUGAUUCAUGGAACUUGACAAAUGGAAUUCUCAAUGCACUUGAUCAACAAGUUCAACAAAAUAACAAAACCCAUAUUGAUAAUAAAAAACCAGCAUCUACAUUAAAUACAGAGACAAAUAAUAAAUUGGAUAAUGUAAAAUCAACAUCAUCAAAUGAUACAUCUAAAGAAGCUGAUAAAAAAUCAUUAAAACGUAAAUCAAGUAGUCCAAUUAUAACUGAUAAAUCACCACUAGCUAGUGUUGUUAAAUAUGAUGCAGCAAAAAGACUAUCAACAGACUCUAAUACAUCAGAGGAUGAUGUUGUUGUUGGCACUCAAGCAAUGGACGUGUCAAAUACAAGCAAUAAAAUAAGUAGAACACGUUUAAAGCUCGAAGCACUUAGAAUACGUACACAAAAAACAACAGAAUUAAUUAAAACUCCAUUACCAUCAAAAACAUCAACAACAUUUACUGUUUCUCUUGAUGAUAAUGUUGAUGAUGACGACGAUGAUUUAUUUGCCGAAAGUAUCAUACCAAAUUCCGAAGAUGAAGAUGCAUCACCAAAGAAAAAAAAAAUAAAGAAAACAACAUCAAAAAUUCAUGAAAAAUUAUUGAAAAAAAAUAAUAAAUCAAUGAAUAGUAUGAAUUUAAAAGAACUUGUUGUUAUAAGUGUAUCAGAAAUUGAAAAAUUUAAUGAUUUUAAAAAUGAAUUAUUAAAAAUAAAUGAAAUAUCAAUGGCACUUGCUUGUGAGUCAUUCGUUAAAGAUACAAUAUGCAUUGGUACAAGAAUAAUAAGUACAAUUAACAGCAAAGAUCAUGAAAGAAAAAUUAAAAAAAUUGAUAAUUGUAUUUAUAAUGAUAGAAAAUUAUGUGGUGUUGCAAUAACAUGGGGUAAAAAUGUAUAUUAUAUGUCAUUUGAAAAUAUACAAGAACCAAAUCGUGUAUCAAUAAAAGACAGAAUGUCAUUGUUAACUGAUAUACUAACAAAUGAUAAUUUAACUGUACGUUGUUUUUCAUCAAAAGAAAUAUAUAAAACUUUAUUUAAUUGUUGUAAUAUAUCAUCAACAUGUAAAUUCAUUGAUCCAACUGUUGCUGAUUGGUUAAUUAAUCCAGAUUUACCAGAUAAAAUAUUUGGCAAUUUAAUUAGUGAAUAUUUACCAGAUGGACUAGAACUUUAUGAAAGACUUGGAUCAAUAAGUGGAUAUUUUGGUCCUGGUUUAUAUGUUAAAUCAAAAAUAUCUGGAUCAAUAAGAGCAUGCACAGAAACAGCACUAACUUGGUGUACAACAAAUGUAUUAUUAAAAAAAUUACAAUAUAAAAAUUCUCAAUUAUUAAAUACAUAUUUAAAUAUUGAAAUGAAAAUUGUUAUGAUAUUAUCAAGAAUGGAGUUGACUGGUUUUGGUAUUAAUUUACCAGCAUUACAAGAAUUAUCAACAGUUAUUAAACAACAAUUAGCACAAAUUGAAAAUCAAGCAUACACAUAUGCUGGUAAAAAAUUUAAUUUUUCAUCAUCAAAAGCUGUUGCACAAGUAUUAGGCUUAACAAAUGACAAUAAUAAAAAGAAAAUAAGUACAAAUAAAGUGUCAUUAGAAAUGUGUGAUAAUCCAAUAGCAAAUUUAAUAACAAAUUGGCGUAAAUUACAUUCAACAUGGAUUAAAAUGGUAUGUCCAUUAUUAAAUUUAGCUGAAAAAAAUUCAAGAAUACAUGGUAAUUGUCUGACAAAUACAGUAACUGGACGUGUAUCAAUGCAUGAGCCAAAUUUACAAAAUGUACCACGUGAUUUUAAUUCAGCUGAUGAUACAUUUGUGAUAAGUGUGAGAAUGGCAUUUGUUCCAGCAAUUGGUAAUAUUAUGUUAUCAGCUGAUUAUUGUCAGCUUGAGUUACGUAUACUUGCACAUUUAUCAAAAGAGCCAAUAUUAUGUAGAGUAUUUAAAAAACCAGGUGAUGUAUUUAAAAAUAUAUCAGCCCAUUGGUAUAAUUGUGCAAUUGAUGAUGUUGAUGAAACAAUGAGACAACGUACUAAACAAUUAUGUUAUGCUAUGAUUUAUGGUAUGGGAAUUAAAUCACUUGCUGAAACAUUAAAGAUAGAAGAAGACGAAGCUAAAGAAUUUCAAGAUAAAUUUAUGUCAACAUAUCCUGGAUUAAAAAAAUGGAUUAACAAAACAUUGGAUGAAGCUAAAAAAAAAGGAUACAUAACAACAUUGAUGGGAAGAAGAAGAUAUUUACCUGGUUUAAAUAGUGAUAUUAAUGGAGAAAAAAAACAUGCUGAAAGACAAGCAAUUAAUACAAUGGUACAAGGUUCAGCUGCUGAUAUUGCUAAAAAAGCUAUGGUUGUUAUUGAUGAAAGAAUGAGAGAUGAAUACAGUGAUAUGCCAAUGGUACUUGUUGAUUAUCCAGUAAAAAGAAAAUUAAGAAAAAGUAAAGAUUUAAUACCACGAGGUGGUUAUUUAGUAUUGCAACUACAUGAUGAAUUAAUUUAUGAAGUUAAUGGACAUGAUUUAGAAAAUGUUGCAAGAAUCAUUAAAGAAUCUAUGGAAAAUUGUUGUCAGUUAUCAGUGCCUUUGCCAGUCAAAGUCAAAGUUGGACCGGCUUGGGGUGAUCUUCAAGAAUAUAAAUUUUAAUUGUAUAUAAUUUUUUUUUUUUAAUUAAUCACGUUGCUUUUGCAGAGAAAUUUUUUUUUUAAUCAUUAAUAAUUGUAUAUAAUAUUUAAUUGUUGAUUAUGUUGUUUGGAUUUUUUAAAAAAUAAAUUAACUAUACGCUAUUGCGAAUUUAUUGAAUACAUUUGUGUGUGAGAUUGUACAA